CUAUCUUGACUUACUUAUUAUUUUGGGUUGAUUUUCUCCAUUGAAAUACUCUUUGAUUAUUAUUAAUUAAUUCCCUUCAAAACUCCCUUCUUCAACAUUUUCACCUCUUCUUUGAGCUCCAAAGGUGCAAUCUUUAGUUCUGGGUAUGUCUCAACUCUUGCUUAUUUCAAUUAUUUUAGCUUGAAUUGAAUUGGGUUGCUUCAUUUUCCCCAGAAUUCCAAGUUAUUAUUGUAGUUUCAUAAUUAGAAAACUUGUCAAUUUCUAGGGUUUUAAUGCUCUUUUUAUCCCCUAUUUCUUUGAUUGCUCUCAAUUAUAGGAUAUUAUUGGUUGUAAUUCAGUGGAAUACAUAGAUAUGUAGUAAAUCAUAGGUUAUACAGAUAUUCAGUGGAAAUUAUUGGUUAAUUUCACUCCUAAAUUUUUCAUUUUUGAGCAAUAAAUCAUAGGUUAUACCAUUUUUGUUCAUAUUUUUACCACUUUGGUUCAAAAUUUUGCAUUUUUUGAAGCAUAAUUGGAGUUCAAAUGGCCCACAAUAGAAAACCUGCUGCUUCUAUAGAAUAUGGAAUGAGGUUUUUGCUGAUAUUAGUGAGUUGUUAUGGAAUUUGUGGGACUAAAACUGAUGUUCAAUGUUUAAGAAGGAUUUUCGAUUCAUUUAAGGAUCCUAAUGGUUACUUAAAUGUAACAUGGAAUUUCAACAACAAAACUGAAGGUGCAAUUUGUAAAUUCAAUGGAAUUGAAUGUUGGCACCCAGAAGAGAGCAGGGUGCUGAACAUUAAGCUAGCUGAUAUGGGUUUAGAGGGCGAAUUUCCGCUCGGACUUGAGGAUUGUACAAGUAUGACUGGGUUAGAUCUUUCUGGAAACAAUUUGAAUGGCUCACUUCCUUCGAAUAUCUCGAAAUACAUAGGUUAUGUAACAGAACUUGAUCUUUCUAACAACUAUUUCUCGGGUCCAAUACCGGAAAAUCUUGCAAAUUGUUCAUUCUUGAAUGGUAUUCACCUUGAUCACAACCGGUUUUCCGGCCAAAUACCCUUGGAAUUUGGUAGCUUAACUCGGAUUCAUAGUUUUACGGUUGCCAACAACAAUUUGUCGGGACAAGUCCCUGAAUUUGGAAAAUUUCAUAUUUCGAAGGAUAGUUAUGAUAAUAAUCCGGGACUUUGUGGGGUUCCUUUGGAUCUUUGUACUUCUCCGAAGAAGUCACAUAUUGGUGCUAUUGCUGGGGGUGUAGCUGGAGGUUUAACUCUCAUGAUUGUUGUGACGGGUGUUGCGUUCAUUUACAUAUCGAAGAUGAAAGUUAUCAGGAAGAAGGUUGAAGAUCCUGAAGGUAACAGAUGGGCUAAGAGUAUGAAAGGAACUAAAGCUGUUAAGGUCACUAUGUUUGAGAAGUCGGUUUCAAAAAUGAGUUUGGACGACCUGAUGAAAGCGACCAACAGCUUCAGCAACAACAACAUGAUUGGUUCCGGAAGAAUGGGAAUCAUGUACAAGGCAACGAUGCCUGACGGUACACUCCUCACAGUGAAGAGACUGCAAGAUUCGCAGAGAACGGAGAAAGAAUUCUUGUCAGAGAUGAAAACGGUGGGAAGUGUAAAACACCAGAACUUAGUCCCUCUAUUAGGUUACUGUGUAGCGAAGAAAGAGAGGUUCUUGGUGUACAAACACAUGGCAAAAGGAAACCUCUAUAACUGGCUUCACCCCUCAGAACCCGUUGAAAACCCGUUAGAGUGGCCUGUGAGGCUUAAAAUUGCCAUUGGAGCGGCGAAAGGUUUAGCUUGGAUGCAUCACAAUUGCAACCCUAGAAUCCUCCAUAGAAACAUAAGCUCGAAAUGCGUGUUGUUAGACGAGGAUUUCGGCCCGAAACUGUCGGAUUUCGGGCUUGCGAGGCUCAUGAACCCGAUCGACACCCAUUUAAGCACGUUCGUGAACGGGGAGUUCGGUGAUCUGGGGUAUAUCGCCCCCGAGUAUGCAAGAACACUCGUUGCAACUCCGAAGGGAGAUAUUUUCAGCUUUGGAACUGUGCUUUUAGAACUUAUCACGGGUCAGAAACCCACCCAUGUCUCAAUUGGACCCGAAGAAGAAACCUUCAAAGGUAGUUUGGUUGAAUGGAUUUAUCAGUUGUCAGAGAAAAACGAUCUUCGUUCUUCAAUCGAUAAGUCUUUACUCAACAAGGGAGUUGAUCAUGAGCUUACUCAGUUUCUGAAAGUUGCUUGUAACUGUGUAUCACCUACGGCGAAAGAACGGCCUACGAUGUUCGAAGUUUACCAGUUUUUACGAUCUAUUGGUGAAAGUUACCAUUUUACUGCUGAUGAUGAGAUUAUGGUUCCUACAGAAACAUCAGAUGCUGGUUUUCCUUCUGAACUUAUUGUUGCUCAUGAAAUCGAAAUGUCUAAAAGAAGAGGUGAUGAUGUUAUGUGAUAUAUAUAUAUAUAUAUAUAUAUAUAUAUAUAUAUAUAUAUAUAUAUAUAUAUAUAUAUAUAUAUAUAUAUAUAUAUAUAUAUAUAUAUAUAUAUAUAUAUAUAUAUAUAUAUAUAUAUGUUAUAGAUUUGUAGAUCGUUUAUACGAAAUUAGUAGGUUAAUUCGAUAUGUUUAAAGAUGAACACAAGGCCGUGCCUUAUAGACUUAUACGUAGUAUUUCGUAGUAGAUAAUAAUUACGUAUGAUGUUCCUGUAUUGCUAGUGUCUUGUAUUGUAUGAUAAUAUUGAUAUGUACAGAUUUAAGUUACCUGUUCAGGUGAUACAUAGUAUUAGGCUUGUCAGUCAUUUUUAGAUUGAAUGCAUCUUUCUGAUGAGAAAUGGAAAUAAUAGAAGUUGUACUGA